AUGUCACGUAGAGAUAAUCCAUUAGCAGGUGUUGGGAUCUUUCGGACACCGCAUUGGCAUCCUUUACCAAUACGUUUCUUGGCGCUGGAUGACCAACGCUCGAUCCCAAGCCUAAGCCCCGCAUCUCCAACACGCCCCGGCUUUGAGGCCACCUACUACUCAAAUAAUGUCGCAAGCUUCUUGCUACCUAUUAUCGGGGCCAUGGCGAAAGAUUUGCUAGAACAGUCCGCAAGCCAACCAAGUCUCCCCGAGAGACCCCCAUCGCCACCACAACCAAUCCCAGCCAAGAAUGAAGAGGGCGAUAGACUACAGGCAGUCUCGGUGGAGGCUACUCAAUCGACAACCACAUCACUCGACUAUCCCAAGUUCUGGAUAGCCACCGUCCUUGCUGGACUGGCGGUAAUAUGUGUCUUUGCUGCUAACUUGUCCUAUCUCUAUGGCUCGCUUUACCAACAGACCGCUCGGUCUCAGGCCCUUCAUAUUCUCAUGGUUGACUUUGACAACAAUGGUUCAGUCGCCCAGGCCAUGGUUGCGGGCUACCAGCACCUUAUCUCGCCAGCCUUCCCAACGUUUAUUCUUCGCGAUGCGGCUGAGUUCAAAUCCCUAGAUGACCUUGUUGGUCUAGUAAGGGAAGAGAAGUAUUGGGCGGCCAUUUACGUCACCUCGGGAGCAUCGCAAAGGCUGUCGGCAGCCAUUGCCGGCAAUUUAUCUGACUACAAUCCCAACACCGCUCUAGUAUAUGUCUGGAAUCAGAUCCGAUAUCCUGCUACCACCGGUGCUGUCGUUAUGCCAUCGCUCCUCCAACUCAUUAGCGCAACCCAAACCACAUACCACAAGGCGAAUGCAAAGCAUGACCUUGGAGUACUUUCGACGGUGGCGAGCGGGCAGGCUUCAGCUUCAGCUGUCCAGGCCUUUCUGAAUCCUGUGGGCGCCACCCCGAUCAACAUCCGUCCGGCGGCCCAAGUCACCAAAAAUCUCUACAACACAGUCUCUCUAGCCGUACCCAUCGUCCAAACCUUCUUCUUUAUCGUCGCUUUCAACGGCAUCUGCGAAAGUUUCGCGCUCUACACGCGCUCCUCAGCGAAAGUGUCCGGGACUAUUAGGUUUUUGGUUGGCGGUAUAUACUCUUGUUUCGCGGCUCUUGGAACUACUGGCUAUAUCUGGGCGUUUCGUGAAGACUGGGCCAUACCAGGCCAGGUCUUUGUUGAAACAUGGAUGCUGCUGUGGUUCAUGAAGCACAUCUACUAUUUAAUAUGGGAUUGUGCUACGGCUUUUCUGCCUAUGCCAGCCAUGCCGUUCAUCAUCGUCACAUUCCUCUUUCUCAGCAUCACGAGCGCAAACAGCCCUUUUGAAGUCACGCCAGGCUUCUACCGGUGGAGCCAAAGCCUACCGGCGUUUGAGACGCUGCAGAUGCUAUGGAACGUUUGGUCUGGCAGCUCCGUACAUGUCUAUCAGGCCAUUCCUAUUCUCUUUGCCUGGUGGCUUGUUUGGAUGGUCUUGGCCACUCUUGGAUUUAUCAGGAGGCGGCGCCUGGCUAGCAAAGACAUUUCACUAGCAGUUCAUUGA